AUGCUCGUCAGUCGCCGCUACGUCGACCCUGUCAACGAGCCGUCCGGUAUGGCCUACCCGCACACUCCCAGGCGUCUUGGAGCGCGCCCUGCACUCCACCCCACUGCUUCCUCGCCCAAUCUCUCGCUGAACGCCAGCCGCAACAUCGCACGGCAAGCAUCGCUAUCCGCAUUAGUCGGCGCCGGAGGCUCGCCAUCGAACAGGAUGGGCGCAGACGGGAAAGAUAUUGAUGUCGGCGACACGGUCGACGUCCCCGGCGGCAUGGUCGGUGUCGUCAAGUUUGUUGGCAGCAUUCGGGGCAAGCAGGGCGUCUUCGCGGGCGUCGAACUGAACAGGGAGUAUGCAGCGCGGGGCAAGAACGAUGGCGCUGUCGAUGGCACACAGUACUUCGAUACGUCUGUUCCCGGCUCUGGCAUCUUCCUGCCCGUCCAUCGCGCUCAGAAAAGGGUCUCAGCCGACUCGUCGGACUUUGCACCUGAGCCGACCACGCCUUCAUACCAUAACAACUUCAGUCUCUCCACCAUGGAGAAGCCGAGCUUCAGCCCUAAUACCCCCUCGAUGCCAAAGCCACAGUUCUCACAGUCUGUCGGGCCCGGAGCCCGCGCGCCUAGUCCCAAGCGGCCACCCCAAGCCAGACCAUCGUACAGACCCGAGUCUCCUCUUCGAAAAGGCAGCCUUGGUACCGGUCCAACACCGGGAAGGAGCGGCGGACUUACACCCUCUGGCUUCUCCAAGAGCGCAAUCGGCGCACCCCCACGAUUCGCAAGUCCAGCGCCGCCUCGUUACGCCAGCCCUGCACCCAGAGCCCCUCUCCCACAGAAACCACGCACACCUGGUCCGCAACGACCCUACUCGCGAAGCAGUUCCCGUCUCGGCCACCAAGACACCAUCGACGAGGACAAUGAGACAACCCCCAUCGGCGCAGCGCGGACCAGCAAUGACUCCAUGGCAAGUUACAAGUAUAAAAGGCCUGGUUCGCGCCUCGGCUCGCAACCAAACGAAGAAGUGCAGCGGCUUCAGGCGCUCCUGGACGAACGCGAGAAGCAGCUCAAGGAGCAGGCUGCGUCGCUGAGCGAAAUGGAAGCAAGUCUGUCAGAGAUUCAAAGCCUGAUACCAGAAGACGGGUUGGAUAUGGGUUCGGCGCACGGCAGCAGCGAGCCUACUGAUGUAGCGCAACUACGAGCACUUCUUAGGGAGAAGAACGAUAAGAUCGCCAUGCUCACGUCCGAGUUCGACGCACAUCGAUCCGAUUUCCGAAGCACCAUCGAUACCCUAGAGCUGGCCAGCACCGAAACCGAGCGCGUAUACGAGAAGAAGGUGGAAGAGCUACAAGAAGAGCUACGGGAAUAUGCGUCCCGCAGCGAAGAUGUCGAGACUGUAGCGAUGCAGUUGAAACAACUAGAAGAGCUUGUCCAAGAGUUAGAAGAAGGUCUAGAGGAUGCGCGGAGAGGCGAAGCAGAGGCCCGAGGAGAAGUCGAAUUCUUGCGGGGCGAAGUCGAGCGAGGCAGAUCUGAACUCCGUCGCGAACGCGAAAAGGCCGCUGCUGCUCUCAAGGGUGCCGGCGCAAUGGUCGACGCACCUCACACACCAGGGCAAAGAGAAGUCGAGCAACGCGAUGACGAAAUUCGCGGUCUCAAAGCCAUCAUCCAUUCCUUGAGCUCUGGCGGAGGAGACGACCGUGUCCGCUCACCACUAUCGCGACAAGCUUCAAAUGUCGAUGCCGAAGAGCUCCAGAGCGCCAAAGCAAACGCAGAACGACUCGAGCGCGAGAAGGAGGAACUUCGCGGUCUUGUCGAACGCAAGGCCUACAGGGAAGAAGAGCUAGAACGCGAGCUCGAGAAGCUGAAGAGGCAGCUCGGCCUCGCGGAGCAGCGCGAAAGCGUCAUCAGCAACGGCCUGUCGGAACACACGGCGACCCAAGAAAAGCCCUCAGAGCGCGACUCAAAAGACACCGUCGUAAACUGGCGCGAACCACCACAGCAAACCCGUCGCGAUGCGCCCCCAGCGCUCUCCGUAAUGCCAGAGUCCGACGGCCGCUCCUCCGCUAACAGCAGCCUCCUCUGGUGCGAGAUCUGCGAAACAGGCGGCCACGACAUCCUAAACUGCUCCGCCAUGGGCGGAGACCCAUCUUCAUACCCCCAAGAAGACGGUCUACGAAGCGGCAAGGACGUCGUCAUCGAAGGUCUCCGCGGCCUCUCCGUCUCCUCCGACCGCGCGCGUCCUUCUGCCCUCAGCCCCUCGAAACCGCCAGGCAACGCGCCCACGUCCCCUCUGCCUACCCCCUCGUUCAACGCCUCGAACUCCGAUCUUGUGCCUCCCAAGGGUGCCGCCAUCGCUGAUCCGGAUAAAUGGUGCGCGCUGUGCGAGAGCGAGGGUCAUGAUGUUACGGCCUGCCCUAAUGAAGACGCGUUUUAG